ACCAGAUACAAUGCGACAACCAACGGCAGAUGUGUAAAAAUGGCCAGCUCACCUCCGAGUUACCGUCCCCCUCUAGAACACGCAAGCUCGUCGUCGAAUAGCCGAAAUCUUCAAAAUGCCGCGACAAUCGAAGACGAUAGCGACAGCGACGACCCAGUCGCGCUCUACUCGAGAGAUCAGGCCGUGCUCUCCGAUGAUUUUCUAGAGGCAGAUGGCGGGGAGAUAGUGUCUUUAAAGCGCAAACAGAAGCAGAUACCUGGAUCACGGUUCUUGUCUGCGUUCUCGGGCGGUGGAUCUGGUUUGCGACAAGCUAUUCCAACUCCUAGAGCAGACGACCCCGCCUCGAACCCUACUCAAUUGCAUGGCUUGAAUGGUCUUGGGCACGCUGGAGAUGGAUCAGAUCACAAUGGGAAUGCAAAGGAUGGAGGUCCUCUGGAUUGGAAUGUCGAAGGGCCAGGUCGGAGAGUCGGGUACGAGGACUUGACGGCUAUUGAUUGGAUUUUCGAAUACACAAAGGAGCGCCAGCGACUGAGGGUCCUAUAUUCGAGUGCUACUGGGCUGCUCGGAUAUGUGCAGCAAUUCUGGGACGCCAGUCAGAUAUGGGUGGUUCUAAUUCUCACGGGGCUCGCGGCUGGUAUAUUCGCUGCUUCAAUCGAUGUCGCAAGUGACUGGCUGGGGGACCUAAAGACGGGGUACUGCUCAGCUGGCCUGGAUGGAGGUCAUUUCUAUCUCAAUAAAUACUUCUGCUGCUUUGGAUAUGACGAAUAUGCACAAUGUCGAGAUUGGGUGCCCUGGAGUCUUGCGCUCCAUAUCACAUCGGCCGGAGGGAAAUGGUUUAUAGAAUAUCUUUUCUUUAUUUUGUUUUCGGUGGCGUUUGCUCUGGUUGCGAGCCUGUUGGUGAAAGAAUACGCAUUAUAUGCAAAGCAUAGUGGAAUACCGGAGAUUAAGACGGUUCUAGGGGGGUUUGUAAUUCGACGUUUUAUGGGGACUUGGACACUGGUGAUAAAAUCCCUUGGAUUGUGUCUUGCAGUUGCCUCUGGGAUGUGGCUUGGAAAAGAAGGUCCUCUCGUGCAUGUAGCAUGUUGCUGCGCAAAUCUCUUCAUGAAGCUAUUUGGGAACAUCAACGGUAAUGAAGCACGGAAACGAGAAGUCCUGUCGGCAGCAGCUGCCGCUGGUAUCUCAGUUGCAUUCGGAUCUCCAAUCGGUGGAGUUCUGUUCAGUCUCGAACAACUAUCAUAUUACUUCCCGGACAAAACAAUGUGGCAGAGUUUCGUUUGUGCUAUGACAGCAGCUGUUACGUUGCAAGCAUUUGACCCCUUUCGGAGUGGGAAACUUGUGUUGUAUCAAGUAACAUACAGUACUGGCUGGCAUGGAUUUGAGAUGGUCCCAUUUGCGUUGUUGGGAAUUCUUGGCGGUCUCUACGGAGCCUUGUUCAUCAAAAUGAACAUGAAAGUCGCCGAAUGGAAAAAGACAGCAACUUGGUUGCCCGGUCCUAUCGUUCAGAUCAUGAUCGUUGCAGUUCUCACCGCACUGAUCAAUUAUCCAAACUUGUACAUGCGGGCACAAUCAUCCGAACUCGUCUACUCUCUCUUCGCUGAGUGCUCGAAAGUUCUUGAUGACCAAUUUGGGCUGUGUAAAACAGGGGCUGCGACUGCUGGAACCAUAUUGUUGCUCUUAUUCGCAGCUCUUCUCGGUUUCUUCCUGGCAUCGAUAACCUUUGGCCUGCAAAUCCCUGCCGGUAUUAUCCUACCUUCCAUGGCAAUUGGAGCCUUGUUUGGACGUGCCGUUGGCAUCAUUAUGGAGAUAUGGGUCCAUAACCACCCCAAGUUCUUUGCAUUUCAGAAUUGCGAACCUGAUACCCCGUGUGUUACUCCUGGCACGUACGCCAUCAUCGGCGCAGCAGCAGCACUCGGUGGAGUCACUCGCAUGACUGUGUCCAUCGUUGUUAUCAUGUUCGAACUCACUGGAGCUUUGACCUAUGUGCUCCCCAUUAUGAUCGCUGUUAUGAUGAGCAAAUGGGUUGGAGAUGCAUUUGGGAAGCGUGGGAUCUACGAAAGCUGGAUACACUUUAACGAGUAUCCAUUCUUAGACAACAGCGAUGAGAUACCCAUACCGGAUAUUCCAGCUAGCCAGAUUAUGACUCGGAUUGAAGACCUGGUCGUUCUGACCGCGACAGGUCACACCAUUGAAUCGCUCAAAAACGUGCUGGCAAGUCAUCCAUAUCGAGGCUUCCCAGUAAUCUCGGACCCAAGAGAAGCAAUACUGCUUGGAUACAUAUCCCGUGCUGAGCUUGCUUAUAAUCUUCAAACAUGCACGGAGGGGCCCCGAUCCCUUCCCCCGGAAACAGAGGCUUUCUUCUCACACCAACCUCUCGCAGACCCUCUUACAACGCUCGAUCUCCGUCCUUGGAUGGAUCAAACGCCUAUUACUCUUCCCUCGCGGGCCAAUCUCCUUCUUACAGCAAACUACUUUCAGAAGCUCGGUCUUCGCUACAUAUUAUUCUGCGACCGGGGAGUCUUGCAUGGCCUUUUGACGAAGAAAGAUGUGUGGUAUGUUCUGAAUGGAGCCGAAGAAACGAGACGGACAAAUGCGAAUGAUGGCAUUGGUCCAAAUACGAGACUGGCGAGAGAGGAUGGAGAAGGUGAAGAAGAGAGGGGCUUGUUGAGCAGAAAUGCUGGAAAUCUUACCCCAACUACUCAGGGGAGCGACGAUGUACCGAUAUUAUGAUACCUACCUUGUAUAUGAAUUGAAACUUACAUACCCCAG